AUGGACACUGCAGCCGAGCCGCGGCCUGGAGACGAGGAUUUUGAUGGGUUCCGUAUGAGUGUUUCUGAGGACUAUGCGGAAUACAUGCUCUUCGUCAUCGGGGACAAGGCGGACAAUAAUUUGCCCAGCCUCGAGGCAGUUCGCAAGGCGGCGGAUCGGAAGCUGGACGAAUUGGCAAAAGACUACAUCUGGCAGAGAGAGCCUUUCAAGCUAGAAGCAAAGACUCAAAAGGGUCUAGGACUCUCCUAUCUUCAUGGCAUCACCCAUUACGGGGAUAAUGUCGAGGACGAAUGGCUCAUCGUCUAUCUUCUCCGAGAACUUAGCAAGACAUAUCCACAGCUAUGGAUUCGUGUCUCUGACAGCGACGGCGAGUUUUUGCUCAUCGAAGCCGCGAAGGUCACGCCCAAGUGGCUCAGCCCCGAGAAUGAUGGCAACCGGGUCUGGAUCCACGACGGCAAGCUUCUCAUCAUCCCCCUAGCCGACCCAACCACCACCACUUCCAAACCCCUCUCCCUCCCCGAAGCCAUCAAAACCAUCAAAACCUCACCCCCAUCCACCCUCAUCCACUCCCCUCUAGUCGAAGCCGAGUCCUUCUACCGCCUCGAAAAAUACCCCGCCCAAAUCACCACCGCCCUCCACCACGCCCUGGCCACCAUCCCCCGCAAACUCGCCCACAUCCUCCACCUACGCCCCAAAGCCGUCGCCCCAGCAACCGAAGCCUUCUACUUGCGCGACCCGCGCGCCCUCAAGCCCCUCCUCUUCCCAACCCCCUCCCCCUCCCCCGCCGCGACAACCCAGCAGCAACAGCAGGGGGCUAACAACGGCCUCACAUUCCCCCCAACCGACCUCGUCACCAUCAGCGUGCGCUUCAGCAAGGUCCUCUACGCACAGCUUAAGAGCCAGCACUUUGCGCCGCCGCCGGCAUGGACACCUGCCUUCCGCGCUGUUGAGGCCGGAACCGGAGCCGGCGCCGGAGCCGCUGACGCGUCGGGACCCGAGGCGGCCAAGGCCAAGGCGCUGGCGCGGCUGGAGCUGGGCAUGAAGCUGACGAUAGGGUUUGAGCUGCUCGCGCGCACGGCGGACCAGAGCGCGAGCCGCGUGGUGAGGGAGGUGGCGCUGCUGUUGGAGGAUUUGGUGGAGGAUGGUGGGGACAGCGCGUUGCCGGGGGAUGGGGAGAUUGCGGGGUGGGAGGGGGUGGGGAGGGAGGAUGAUCAUGGGUGGAUGGAUAUUGAUUUUGGGGAUUUUGAGAGGGAGCUGGAGGGGAAGAAGACCGCUGGGGGGGGUGGGUUUGGCGAUGCUGCUGCGCAGGCGGACUUGCAGAAGAUUGUGUCGCGGUUUGAGGCUUUUUUGAAUGAUGAAUCCGGCGGGGAUUGA